ACGAUGGCAGACUAUGGAGAACCAAUUUUUCAGUCCACUCUUCACAUACAAAAAAUAGCACACCAAGUUGCAUUAACCUCUAGUCAUCUUAUUUGGGAACAAGCAUCGAAGGGUGGACCCCUUGACAGUCCGUCUUCUGAACCACUUUUUUGUCAUAAAAACGCUAAUGCAGUGCCACUGAAAGAAAUAAUAAAUGCUACACAUGAAAAGGAUAGACACAAGCCAAGUCAGCCAUCGGUGAACAAAAGUCAAGGGACAAAGGCAAAAGAUACAACACACCUAUACAUAGAGUUACAAUGUCCAUCUUUUAUGGUUUAUAUAUUGAGCAGAGGAUCAAAACAUAAAUGGAAGUACAAAAAGCUAUCCUUUGUCUGUCAGGAUUCUCACUUAUGCAGUCAGUGGGUCAGAAAUAUCAAUGAUGCUCUUGAUAAUCCAGUUUUUAAUCGACCAAAACAUCUUCUGGUAUUUGUAAAUCCAUAUGGAGGUAAACAACAGGGACCAAGUUUAUAUAAAGAAAAAGUAGCUCCAUUGUUUGAGAUGGCUGGCAUUAAAACAGAAGUUAUUACUACACAGAGAGCUAACCAUGCCAGAGACACUUUACUUGAACACGACCUUCAUAAAGUUGAUGGGGUUGUUUGUGUAGGAGGUGAUGGUAUGUUCUCUGAGUUACUAAAUGGUCUGUGUGAAAGAAAAUUAAAAGAGGCAGACCUUGAACAAACACAGGAACAAAAUCCUUUACCACCUGAUAUAAGAAUUGGAAUUAUACCAGCAGGAUCAACAGACUGUAUAGUUUAUACCACUGCAGGAACAAAUGAUCCUGUUACUUCAGCAUUACAUAUUAUACUAGGUGACAAUGUAGGUUUAGAUGUCUGUUCAAUAUACUCAAAUGAUAAAUUUCAACGUUACAGUGUCUCAAUGUUAGCAUAUGGUUACUAUGGUGAUAUUUUGUUAGAUAGCGAAAAAAAUCGAUGGAUGGGACCAAAAAGAUAUCAUGUUGCAGGUGCCAAAAAAUUUCUUGGAAAUAAGGCUUACCAUGGAGAAGUCACAUUUAGAUUAUCUUCAGACUCGGAUAGUAAUCCAAGAGAUAAAAAGAAAUGUUUAAAUGAGUGUAAUACUUGUUGUCUGGCUGGUUCCAGGGCAGUGGAUAAGCACUCCAAGAUGAAUGAUGAAUCAGAUGGUGUACACAAGUUUAAGGGUAAAUUUAUGGCUAUUUGUAGUUUUACAAUGUCAUGUGUUUGUGCGCUGACUCCUGCAGGUGCUUCACCUUACUGUCAUUUAGGUGAUGGAACAACUGAUCUCAUGCUGGUACAGGAAUGCUCAAGGUUUAAUUUUUUGAAACAUUUGAUGAGGGUGGCUGACAGAACAGCUGAUCAGUUUGAUUUUGACUUCAUUAAAAUUUACCGAGUGAAAGAAUUUAGUUUUCGUCCCUUUCCUGAACAUGAAGAAGAACAAAAGGAGGAUACAGCAUCAGGAGGAAUUAAACAUUCCAAACUUCCCUCAUCUAGAAUGAAGACAAGUGUAUGGAAUUGUGAUGGUGAAGUUAUAGCACACCCUUCAUUACAAGUCAGAGUACAUUGUCAGCUUGUAAAGCUAUUUGGACGAGGUAUAGAAGUGAUGGAAUCAAAACAUAUGUGUACUUGUUGUUGUUCUCUAGGAGAAUUACCACCAGAUACUCCAUGAUAUACACCAACAUAUACACAAGAAUAGUAUACAUAGUAUACAUCCAUGCCAAACAGUUAAAAAUCAUCAGUGAUAUGCAGGACAUAUUAAGUCCCAAAAAAUGUUUUAAAAUACAACUAUGGAUAUUUUUAUGACAUAGUUUGUGGAAAAAAUUACUUUGUUAAAUUAUUUCUAAGGUAGUAAUUAUGUUAAUCAAGAAAAAGUUUUAAAAAGAAAAAUCUGUCAUCUUUGUUUGAAGGUGCUUUUUAUGUUGUUAAUAAAUGACAGUAUACUAGAAGACAUGAAAGGAUGAAAAUGUGUAUUUAAGAUUAAGGUUUUUUUGGGUAAAGACAGUAAAUCUUAUGCUUUCAAGCCUUUCAUGUUAUAAAUAUUUUCUUUAAUUCAACUAUGACAAGUUUGACUUUAUACUGGAUGUCAUUUUCAACAACAAUGUGCAUACAUAAUCACUUUUUAGAUUCUCAAACCCAGCCACCAUUAAUUUACUUUCCAAAGUUUUAAACUUAUUACUUGCAAAUAUUCAAAUUCUUACACUUGUGACUAUUUUCUUUAAAUGAUAAGCAUGCAAAGGUCCAGAAUUUGGUGAUUUUAACAUUAAAGUGUUAGGUAUAAACAAGUAGAUGUCCUUAAAAAAAAAAUGCUGUUAAAUCAGCUCUAAAAAUCUUUAAUAGGCAGAAAAGUCUAUAGAUACCAAAAAAAUAGUACACAUGAGAGAUUCCUGAUAUUUUGGAGCAGCUGUCUAAUCCUAUUUGUAUAGUAGCAUGGUUAAGCCUUCCACCUUUACACAAAUAUCUGCACCUGGUUUUUUUACCUUUUUUUUAACUGAAAAGUAUCGCCACUGGAAAUUUUUGUAAGAAAAUACUAUUAUUUAUAUUUCCAAUAUGUCUUAUGUAUUAGAGAUGUUGUUUUAUUCUUAUUUAUCCUAUACCCUUAAGUUCUUUACCCCAAAAGUUAUCGUCAGUUUAGUAUUGGUUGAUGAAAUAAACUUUAAAUGUGAUGAGAAUAGUCACAAGGGUAAAAACAAAUUAGAUUAUAUGAAAUUAAAUAUCUUUUAAGAAAUUUACAUGUAAACAGUUCUUCAAAAUAGUUGAUGACAUUACUGUUAAAUCAAAUAAAUUUGUAAAAAAAGUUUACCAUUAAUUUCUUUGAUCCAUUGGUCAUUAUAUAAACCCUUUUAUUGUAUCUGUGUUUCUAUUUAAGUAAGAACAAACCACCAAAACUAACUGUAAAAACCAAAUACUUGCAAUUAUGAAGAGAACAUAAGUAGCCAUUUAAAAGUGUAGGAACAAAUGGUAGAUAGUAAAUGAAAAUUUUAAUAAUCCAUUUAGAUGUGUUUCAUUUUUUUUUCAAUGUUUUAAGGACAAUUACUCAUAUCAUUAAGUACUAAUAAAAAACAUUGAUUGAAUGGUAGAUUCUUUAAUCAGUGGCCUUUUUUUUUUAAUUCAUGUCCAGUCUUCUAGUACAUCAAGUAAAGCACUGAUCUUAUUGUCAGGUGAGAAUUGAGAAUGUACAGGUAAAUAUUAAUUUUUAAAUCCAAACUCAUGAUUUGUUAUGUUUUAAAUAAUCCGUAGAUAUGCCAAAGCAUAUGUUGUAUGCUUGUUUAUAUAUUGAAUUUUAUUUGGAAUCUAAUGGUGGGAAAAUUUGAUGAAUAUGUUAGAUUAAUGAAUUCAAUUCUUGCACAUUUUUUAGUUGGAAUUUACUAACAAAAAUUCAUAUGUGAGUAAAAUUUAUAUUGAUGAUAAACAUGUUGCAUUAUUUGCAUCAAUGAAAACAUCAAAUUAUUUUCUAAAUUACAAUUUUCCCAUUAUACUGAUUACAUCAGAACACAGAUGUACAAGUUUGUUAUUAGACAUGUAUAUAUUUGUUGUCGUUGAAAUGUAUGGAUCUGGUAUCAUAUAGUAUGUUAUCUUAUAGAGAAAAGGCUGUGAUAUUUUUUUAUGUUCAGAUUGUAUACAUUUUUUUUUAAUAUCCAUGUAAAUAAUGACUCCGUAUUUAAUUUGAUUACAAUAUUUGUGAUAAGCUGUGAGUUGAAGAGUAUGCUGAUGUCCCAUGAAACUUUCUAACAGAGAACAAAGAUGUUGCCUCAAUCCCCAUCUGUCUGAAACAAAACAUUUUCAAAUAAAAGCAAAAAUUUUAAAAUAGCUAUGGAGGAACCCUUCUACUUUUGUAUGAUUAUCAUAAAUCAUAUGUGGACUUCAGUUUUCAUAAUGAAUAAAAAAAGAAAUGCUAAGAAAAUGAGGAAACUUUGUAAAAUUAACCAGGGAAAAAUUAUUUGAAUAUUACAUAAUGUGAUAACUUCUAUGGUGUUUGGGUGCUUAAGAAAUGCUAUUUAUUUAACUUUAUUUCUUUUUUUGCUGAUGACAAAGUUCAUUUUGCUGUCUUUUUCCUUUGUCAUAUCCUGUGGAUUCAUUCAUUUUUCAUAGUUAUCAAUUUCCAUGAAAUGACAAUGUAAUUUUAACUUAAAAUUAAUUAUGUUAAACAUAUCUAUUUAUGCCGUUUGUAACAUAAUGACCCUCAGUAUAUUCUGAGAUGUUAAAAAAACGGUUAACAUUUAAAUUUUCAUAUUUUAUUUUGAUUUUCUUUAUAAUUGUAUUCCCUAUGAUAUUAUUUAAUCAUUUCUGAUACAAGUUUGAUAAAAUAACAUACCUUCUAUCAGGCUAAAAAUGGUUUCUGAAAUUGUAAACUGAGAGGUACCAAUGACUCUACCGAUUUAUUUGGUAUACGUAAAAAUUUGGUAGAGGAAUUUAUUUGCAGUGCUGUUGUUUUCUGUCUGCAAUAAUAAUGAUUUUCAUGCAAUAGCUUUUAUUCUUGUCAACUAAUAAUAACUGACUGAUCUUUUCCAUCCUCAGAAGGUUUUCAAAAGACGAUUUUUGUCAAAUCUUUUUCCAGCAAGAGGCAGAAUAGAUUAAAAAAUAAUGUUACUCUUAUUAUGAUAUGAAAUAUUUACCUGUAAUCUCAUUUUGAUCUGAAUGUGUAUGAAAUAUUUGCCGAUAGAUGCUCAGCAAACAACAAUCAAUCAAUCAUUUCUAUCUUUCCCCCUUUGUAUUCCAUGGUAAGUUUCAAUCAUGUAGUGUGGCAAAAAAACUGAGAUGGAUCUUUGAUACUGCCUCAAAGAUAUGAAUACCAAAACUAGUUUAAAAGUUAAAAAAAAGUAUUUUUAUUUUCAAUCUAAUAUUUGUAAUUAAAUGCUCACUUUAUAUUUGAAAUCUGAUUUGACCAAGCUCUAUAAGUGUGGAGAAAUCAUCAACUAUUGAUGGUAAGUCAUGCUUUCUUGAUAUUGUUUGAUUCUUUUUCUCCACUGUUUAUCAUUAGAAUAGAUUACAAAACAAACAGAAAUCAUGGGAAAAUGUGUGUGAAAGCUGUCUCUCUGAAGAAGCUGAGUGAGACUGGAAUAUUUUAGUCCAUAGCAACUUUGCUAUAGUUGCAGCAACAGGAUGAGAAGAGGGCUUAAAUAGAUAGAUGCCAAAUAAAGGAACCUUUUUUAUGACCCCCGCAACAAAGUUUUCGGGGCAAUAUAGUUUUACCCUUACCUGUCAUUUCAUCAUUCCACAACGAACAGUUAUACUGACUUUUUUUUAAAACAUUUUCACAUAUUGAGCUGAUUUUUAUACGACCGCAAAAAUUAAAAAAUUUUUGGUCGUAUAUUGGUAUGACGUUGGCGUCGUCGUCGUCGUCGUCGUCGUCGUCGUCGUCGUCGUCGUCGUCGUCGUCUGGCGUCGUCCGGCGUCGUCCGAAGACACAUUGGUUUUCGCACUCUAACUUUAGUUUAAGUGAAUGGAUCUCCAUGAAAUUUUACCAUAAGGUUCAAUACCACGAAAGGAAGGUUGGGAUUGAUUUUGGGGGUUAUGGUACCAACAGUUAAGGAAUUAGGGGCCAAAAAGGGGCCAAAAAUAAGCAUUUUUGUAACUUCCAGACAAUAACUUGUGUGUAAGCGUAUGGAUCUCUCUGACAUUGUACCACAAGGUUCCAUAUCACAAAGGGAAGGCUGUAAUUGAUUUUGGGGGUAAUUGCCUCAAAAUUUUAGGAAUAAGGGGCCAAAAAAGGGGCAAAAAAGAAGCAUUUUUCUAGUUUCAUGACAAUAACUUGUGUGUAAGUGUUUGGAUAUUUCUGAAAUUGUACUACAAGGUUCCAUAUCACAAAGGGAAAGCUGGAAUUGAGUUUGGGGGUAAUUGCCCGAAACGUUUAGGAAUUGGGGGCCAAAAAGGGGCCAAAUUAAGCAUUUUUCUAGUUUCCAGACAAUAACUUGUGUUCAAGUGUAUGGAUCUCUCUGAAAUUGUACUGCAAGGUACCAUACCACAAAGGGAAGGCUGGGAUUGAGAUUGGGGGUGAUGAAUCAUAAGGGGGUUCAAAAAAUUUGGGGGGGGGGGGGAUUUUUUUUCUUUUCUUUUUUUCCUUUUUUUUUUCUUUUAAAAUUUUCCAUUUUAAGUUGGUUAUUUCUGAUUUAUAUUUAAAAGCAAAUAAUAAUGAUAUGGUAUGUAGGAGAUACACACCAAACAGGAUGUGUAAAUUAUUAUAUAAUAAGUAUUGUGCAAUAGCAAGAAAUUUUCAAUUGCACAGUAUUGCACAAUAGCAAGAAAUCUUCAAUUGCACAGUAUUGCGCAAUAGCAAGAAAUCUUCAAUUGCACAGUAUUGCGCAACAGCAAGAAAUAUCCAAUAGCACAAUAUUGCGCAAUAGCAAGAAAUUGUCAAUUGUACAGUAUUGCGCAAUAGCAAGAAAUAUUCAAUUGCACAGUAUUGUGCAAAAGAAGAUACUUCGUAUAAAUUGCUUAUUUCUUGAUCAAUUUCAAUGGGGUUUUAUUCUUGAAUUCUUGGGGUUCUUUAAUAUGCUGAAUCUAACUGUGUAUUAAGUUUUUGGAUUUUGGGACCCGUUUUUUAAUUGGUCCACUUUGAGGUCCAAAGGGUCCAAAAUUUAACUUUGUUUGAUUUCAUCAAAAAUUGAAUUAUUGGGGUUCUUUGAUAUGCCGAAUCUAACCGUGUAAUUAGAUUCUUAAUUUUUGGUUCCGUUUUCAAAUUGGUCUACAUUAAGGUCCAAAGGGUCCAAAAUUAUACUUAGUUUGAUUUUAACAAAAAUUGAAUUUUUAGGGUUCUUUGAUAUGCUGAAUCUAAACAUGUAUUUAGAUUUUUGAUUAUGGGCCCAGUUUUCAAGUUGGUCCAAAUCGGGGUCCAAAAUUAAACUUUGUUUGAUUUCAACAAAAAUUGAAUAUAUGGGGUUCUUUGAUAUGCUGAAUCUAACCAUGUAUUUAGAUUUUUGAUUUUUGGGCCCCUUUAUCAACUUUGUCCACAUUGAGGUCAAAAGGGUCCAAAAUUAAACUUUGUUUGAUUUCAUCAAAAAUUGAAUUCUUGGGGUUCUUUGAUAUGCUGAAUUUAACCAUGUAUUUAGAUUUUGGAUAUUGGACCAUAAUAGGUGAAUGUCCAAUUUAAAAUUUUUAAGUUCUUAGACCACAUUCAUUCUGUGUCAGAAACCUAUGCUGUGUCAAAUAUUUAAUCACAAUCCAAAUUCAGAGCUGUAUCAAGCUUGAAUGUUGUGUCCAUACUUGCCCCAACUGUUCAGGGUUCGACCUCUGCGGUCGUAUCAAGCUGCGCCCUGCGGAGCAUUUUAUUAAUAUGUGAGUCAGUAUAUUCUGAGAUGUUAAAAAAACGGUUAACAUUUAAAUUUUCAUAUUUUAUUUUGAUUUUCUUUAUAAUUGUAUUCCCUAUGAUAUUAUUUAAUCAUUUCUGAUACAAGUUUGAUAAAAUAACAUACCUUCUAUCAGGCUAAAAAUGGUUUCUGAAAUUGUAAACUGAGAGGUACCAAUGACUGUACCAAUUUAUUUGGUAUACGUAAAAAUUUGGUAGAGGAAUUUAUUUGCAUAGCAACUUUGCUAUAGUUGCAGCAACAGGAUGCGAAGAGGGCUUAAAUAGAUAGAUGCCAAAUAAAGGAAUCUUUUUAAUGACCCCGCAACAAAGUUUUCGGGGCAAUAUAGUUUUACCCUUACCCGUCAUUUCAUCAUUCCACAACGAACAGUUAUACUGACUUUUUUUUAAAACAUUUUCACAUAUUGAGCUGAUUUUUAGUAUGUGAGUCUACUAUGAUGAGUUACAUAUUGAGCUUACGUCUGGUUCCGCUCCACUGAUUUUUGCAGAAAUUACUGGCUUUGGACAGUUAUACAGACUUUCAUUCUGAAAUUUCCACUCCUAAAAAUGGCUUUCAAGCUUUUUUUGCAAGGAGGGCCAUUCGUGUCAUUUUGACAAAUCUAGUUAUUUCAUGUUGUACAUGUACUUGGAUGUGUUUUUUUAUACUUUAAAUUUUUCUGCAGAAAAAAAAUGGAAUUUGUAUAUCAGACUGGUUUGCUUUAUGCAAAUUGAGCUUUUCCAUUUCUUGUCUGUAUCGAGCAUAUUAUGGUGUCAAGCACAUAACUGUCCAAACUUGCUGUUAAUUCCCAACUGUUUAGCAUUCUUUAUUGACAUCAUAUUGUUUGUGUCCAAACACAGCAAAGAAAGUUUAAGGUGCUAACUGAAAGCCAACCCGUAAUGAAAUUACCCUGAAUCAGUUAUAUUUUUUCUGAUAACAGUUACUGAGAAAACAUUAUAAGUUUUACCUUUUAACUGAUCCUUGGGGGAAAUGAAAAAGUUGAAAUAAUUUUAUGCCCCUUAUCAGUAUUUUUAUAAUGAUGAAAAAUGGAAGGUUUUUAUUCAAAUAUGGAAACUUGACCCAUUUAUAUUUAGUACACUGAUAUUCAGAUGGAUAUUUUUUUUCCAGAAUUUUUUAUUUACCUCCGGUAAUAAAACAUGUUUAGGCUGUCACCGAUAUCUUGCAAGUUAACACAUAUGCCUUGAUUUUCACAUAUGUCAAAUUAUUUCUUCUUUUAAUUGCAUUUUAAUGUGUAAUUUACCAUUUUCCCAGUUUGAUAAUAGGCCAAGAAGAGUAAUUCAGAUAGAGAAUUGUAGAAUCUAUGUAUUUAAUGCAACUUUUUUUAUAGAAUGCUUAUUUAUUCUGCUUUAAUCAGGAUAUUAAUCAAGGAAUUGUUUCUUGAUAUAGGUAACAAUGCAAUUUAGUGACAUUGUAUGUCGUUGUUAUUUUUUUUUUAUUACAUGUAACAGUAAUAGAUGUAAUUAUUUUUGUAAUUGGUUAUUUUUAUGUAAUUUAUUUGCUAAGCUAUGUUUAGGUUAUACAUUCCUGUGUUUAAUAACAUCACAGUACUGGUUUAUCAUGUAAUUUUUUGUCAUCCAUUUUUUAUGUAGAAUUAGAAGUGAAAUUUUUCAAUGCAAUUAUUAACUGACAAUGCAAAAUUAACAGACAAUGCAAAAUCCAUUAAGUAUUUUAAAUACCAUAGAUUAGAAAAAAAUAUGUACUAAUCAAUGCAAUAUGUUGUCUUACAGCACGUACUGACACAGUUAAAUAAAGUUUUCUUUAUAAUAUAAAACCAAUGCAAAUGUUUUGUACUAACUACUAUAGAUAUUUUAAUGCCCUAACACAGUAUAUUGCUUUUUUCAUUGUGGGCUGUAUUAUGUAUCAAGAAUGCAGGUUGUUGACAAAGAUAAUUGUAAUUACCCAGUAUAUUUUUUUUUUGACAAAAAUGCCAUGGAAAAAUUUAUCAUAUUCAAACAUGCUUAAGGUAGCUGGGGUGUCUAAAUGUUCGACGAGUUUUUUUUUCUUAAACUUCUGUGAAAGACUUCUAGGUCAAUGCAGUUUAAAAUUUUAAUAUAAAAUCUUUUGAAAUUAAUGAAAUCACAGCUAUAUUUAAUUGGUUAUGUAGGGAUAACUAUUUCUGUAUUGAGGAAAGAAUAAACGAUAGAAUUGGUUAAUAUUCAAUGAGAGAAUUGCUUUUCAUAAAUACUUCCGAAUUGAAAAAAAACCCAAAAAACAAAUAUCAAUUAUCUGCCCUUGAUUUUAAAAGGAUUUUUUCUAAAAAUUUAAAUACAGUCAAUGGCACUUAAUUUUUUUGAUAAUUUAAUCCUUAAAUUUCAAAAUUUAGAUGUUUUGUUUUAUAUAUUGAAUGAUAGUUGGUAAAAUAUUUUUAAACCAAAAAAGUAUUUUUGCAACAUGCCCAGAAGGAAUACUCAGAAAAAGACACCCAAUCUACCUUGAAUGGUAUUAUGAAUAGCAAAAGUAACCUUUCCAUUCGAAUAAAAAAUUCUGUUCAUUUAAAUAUUUCCAUGAAAAUGUAGCACUUUGUCAUUCUUAAAGUUGUAUGAAUGUGCCUGCAUACUGUUAGAAAUAGUCUAUUUGGAAAACAAAAGAUUAUGCACAGAAAAUAUUGAAUUAAUGAUAGGAAAAACUAAGUUGUAAUGUAUUAAGCUGAAGCAGUCAUAUCAGCUUUUCUUUCUGGUAUAUUAUACUGCUUGCAAAGUAUCUUAAAUCUUCAUUUACAAGCUUAAUUUGUGUGGGCUUUACAUAUCUUUUGUUUCUUAUGUUUUUUUUUGUCUUGAUGUUUAUUGUUGGUGUAUGCUAUUACAAUUGUGAAGAGCUGAAUAAAACAAAUUUAAAAGUUAAA